CCAAUAUCGAGUUAUGGAGAGUUGACUGUAUUCUGCAACAACAGAGGAGAUAAACUUCUAUACAAUCAUUUUCAGACAACAAAUGGAUGCUUGCUUGGGGCCCAAUACGGAAACAACUCUGUUUUACGAUGCUAUAGAACAUGUAUCUAGAGUUUCAAGGAUUUUCAAAGCAACUGCGCACAUCGCUUUAGUAGGUAACGUAGGAAGUGGUCGUGAAACAAUAUGCAAAAUAGCUGCACAAGUUGUGAAGGACACAUCAUUUAAAAUAUUGGACAUACAAUCAAAUACCAAGGAUGAAAUUAUAGAUUUGAAACUUGGUGAAAUUUUUGAAUGUUGCAAAUAUAACCAAACAUUGUGUGUCGUAAGAAUCGAUCACUUUGCAGAAAUUAAUUCAAGUUUACUGGACAUAAUUAAUAGUAUCAUUGUAAACGGAACCAUAUCAGGGUAUUACCCAUGCUCAAGAAAUUCAAGAAGCAAUAUGGAAGAAACCACUUGGCUACAAAUAAGAAGAAAUUUACACUUUGCACUGCUUAUACCAAUGGAGAAACAUCAAUACUGGAAAAUACAUCAAACGUACCCUUCUAUGAUGUCGAUAAUUACAAAGAAUUGCGUACAGUGCAUGACAGAAAAAAGCCUCCAUGAAAUAUCAGAAACAUUUUUCAAGAAAAAAAUUGUUUUUGAUGUCCCGAUUAUGAAAGAAUCUACGAACGAAACCCCAAGAAGUAAACUAAUACGGAAGCGGGAGAGCUUAGUGCAAAGCACUGAAGAACGGAUGCAAAUUGCAAUGUCUGAAGCAGCAACAAGAAUACAUUCAGUAGUUACUCAAGAACUGAGGAAUUCGAAUAGAAAUUCACACAUUCUUGAUAGCUGGUACUUUGAAUUACUUUACACAUUUACCAGAAUAUUUCAUAACAAACGGAACGAAAUAGCCAAAAACUUUAAGAAAUUUUCAAACGGAAUACGUCGUAUAAAAGAAGCAACGGAAAGUGUCGCUAAUCUCAAAAUAGAUCUGGAGAAGCAACAGGAAAAAAUAACAGUUUAUCAACAGGAAUUAAACGAAUUUAUAAACAAUAUUCAAGCUCAAACUGCAAACGCUGAUCUACAGAACCAAGAAGUUGCAGAAAAGCGAGUAAAGAUUGGUGCAGAAGAGAUUAUAUGCAAAGAAUUGGCUGCUAUUGCAGAAACCGAUCUUAACAAAGCAAUGCCAGCAUUGAAUUCCGCAAUUGCAGCUCUAGAUUCUUUAAAUAAAAAGGACAUGAACGAGAUCAAAUCAUAUGCCCGGCCACCAGUUAAAGUAGAACUAGUUUUGAACGCCGUAAUGAUACUGUUAGGAAAGGAACCAACAUGGACAGAAGCAAAACGUCAGUUAGGAGAGCAAAAAUUCUUGGACACUUUAAAAAACUAUGAUAAAAAUAACAUACCUGAGAGUACACUCAAGACGAUAGGCGGAUUCGUUCGUAAUCCCGAACUUGAGCCAAAUAAAGUCGGUGUAGUAUCAAGAGCAGCUAAAUCGCUAAUGCUUUGGGUUCGUGCUAUAGACAAUUAUGGAAAAGUAUACAAGUAUGUAGGACCAAAAAUAAAAAGAAUGGAAGAUGCCACAAAUUCUUUGCGAGAAAAACAACAGUCUUUACGGGAAGCUGAACAAAGACUAACUGAACUAGCAGAACAACUAACUUUGCUAAGAAAAGAGUAUGAAAUUAAAAUGCAAAGUAAAUUUGAAUUAGAAGAAAAUGCAAAGGCCAUGGCAAUUAAAUUGAAACGGUCAGAAACUCUGAUUGAUGGCCUUAGUGAGGAAAACUCACGUUGGAAAAAUACAGCUGAAGAACUCAAAAGUCAAUAUGAUCAGCUCAUCGGAAAUUCAGUAAUUGUAGCUGCAUCACUUGUUUAUUUUGGAUGCAUAACACCUGCUACGCGAGAAUCCCUUAAGAGUCAAUGGAUGGUCGAUCUUGAAGCUCUGGAAAUAUCUUUCACGGCGAAUUGUUCUACAUUUAGUUAUUUUUAUUCUAACGAAACCUUGCAAACAUGGUGCUCUCUUGGACUUCCCAAUGAUGGUUUAACUGUGGAAAACGCAACUAUACUGCUUAAUAGUAAUCUUAGAUCUCCACUAGCUGUGGACCCACAAGGAGAAAUUCGUCGGUGGUUGUUUCAACAAAACACUAAAUUAAUAAGUUACAACCUUGAUGAAGAAAGAAUACUUUCUCAAGUCGAAGAAUUUGCUCAGAGUCAUCAACAUAUUAUAGCUGUGAAUUUGCGAGAGGCCAAUAUAAAUCAUUUUAGUCAACUACAAACGUAUCACAAAACAUAUCAUAGUAAUAAAUCUGGAACAAAACAGUAUGACAGUGCCCUGGUCGUCAUAACUACUGAAGAAAUUCCGUAUCACAACAAGCUGAAGAAAACAGCCAACGUGAUCAACUUUAUUUUGGAUAAAUCAGGAUUAGAAGUCAAACUUUUAGUGACCAUAAUCAAACACGAAAAUCCAUCUCUAGAAGAGCGUAAGGAAGCACUUGAACAAAUGAUAAUAUCUAGCAAUGAGACAAUAACAAAUCUAGAGGAAAAUAUUUUGCAUAUUUUAAACCACAGCCAAUUACCCCUAAUCGAAAAUGAGGAGUUAUAUGGCACACUACAAGUAUCAAAACAAACCGCAAGCAGUGUGAAAGAAAAUUUGAAGCAUGCAGCUCUAACCAAAACUGAAAUUGAAAGCUCUAGAGACAUAUACAGAUCAUGUGCUACGAGAGCCUCUUUAUUAUUUUUUAUACUUGAAGAUCUCAAGCAUGUCAAUGCUGCAUACCGGUUCAAACUUGAAUGGUACAUCCUUUUAUUCAUCGAAUCAUUGGAAAAAAGCGGAAGAGAACAGAAUAUUGAAGAACGCAAGAAAAAAAUUAUCAAUCAUCACACAUUUAAUCUCUUCCGAUAUGUUCGCUGCGCGCUUAGUCUAUCAGACCAAACAAUUUUUGCAUUUCACUUAUGUGUUCGAGUUUUACUUGAAGAAGAAGUCCUAACUGCAAGAGAAUUCUUAUUUUUUCUCAAUGGAGCUGAAAAAAUUGAUAGACAUGAACAAAUCGAAAAUCCUAAUCCGGACUGGAUCAAACCUGCGCUAUGGGAUAACAUAACAGAAUUGGAUAAACUUCCAGGAUUUCGAGGAAUUGCACAAUCAUUUGAUGAAAUCAAUGCAACUUGGAAAACAUGGUGUUUAUCUGAGUUCCCAGAAGAAGAAACCCUUCCCGAAAGUUGGGAUCGAAAUCUGACUCUUUUCCAAAAAUAUACUUUAGUUCGCAGUGUACGGUUGGAUAGAACUGUGCCAUGCAUGAAAAGUUUUGUGGCAACUUAUCAAGGAAAAAGAUUUAUUGAUGAUAAUUCAAGCACUCUUCACGACUUGUUGAGUAUAUCAGAUCCAGCCACACCGAUUAUUCUUAUUUCAGAUGAUGAAAAUAAACCGCUGGAAGAAGUGCACAAUCUACAUAAAAUAUAUAAUGGAAAAUCAAACAAAACACUUCAACACGUUAAUAUGGGUACAGAAUCUUUUGAAACCACUGUGAAGCAUUUGAAAAACUGUGUGAAGUCUCAAAACUGGCUUUAUUUAAACCAAUGUUGGCAAUCAAGACAAUUUCUGGCAAAUUUUGAACUUAUUCAUCAAUAUUUAAGAACAAUUGAUCAAAAAUCCGGCUUUCGUCUUUGGAUAGUUAUGCACAAUAGGAAAACACUAUUUCCAGUUCACGUGCUACAUAAUUGCCUCAAGUAUAGGUGCAGCUCUCCAACAGGCAUCAAGCAUAAUAUGAAACUAAUUUUUGAACAAAUUGGAGACAAUUUCAGAAAAACUGAAAAGUCCAAACAUUCUUUAAAUUACAAUAAGCUGAUUUUUGCUUUGGCCUUCUUCCACGCAUUGUUAAAUGAGAGAAAUAAGUACUUGAGUUUAGGCUGGAAUAUGCAAUACAAUUUCACGAUAAUGGAUUUUAAGCUUUCCGAAAGCCUAGUGGCAUACAGCUUCGACAAAUUGAUGGAACCAAAAUACAAGAAAAACAUUCAAACGUUACCAUCUAGCAGUAUAAUAGACUCUAGCAUCAUACCAAGUGCAGAUGGAGAUGAUGUGCUGUGGUCUUUCGUGAAAAACGCAGUGCUUCAAGUUGGAUAUGGCACAAAUUUUACCGACAGUUGGGAUCAGCGGAUUUUUGAUGCCUAUUGUACGAACAUCUUCAGACGGGAGUUAAUUGAGUUGUCACAAUGUGCUUUGGUACCAGACGACGAUACGCCAUACCAAAUUCCACGGAACGUAAAUUUUAUGUCAUAUUUGAACUUUAUUGUGAGCCAGUUUCCACAAGAAGACGGCAAUAAAGUGUUUGGGCAAAAUGAAAACGCAAAUAUCAUAUAUUUGGAAUCUUGUUCAGCGUAUGCUCUGCAGAAGCUUCGUCUUGUGCAACUGCAAGGAAAAAUAUCAUCACAUGGUCAGCAAUUUGAUGUGACAAAUCUAGAUAAGGCUAAGAAGCUAAUCAUGGAACUGUUGAUUGUUGUUCCUGAGUGCCUCGACUACGAAAAUGUCCAAAGAAUAGUGGAGUCAAAGAAGACGCAUGUUAAUUUAUGUUUGAUGCAGGAAACGUAUCAAUAUAAUUUGACUCUAGAAAUAGUAAGACAAAGUCUUGAAAAAACAUCUGAAAUGUUAUCCGGAGUUAUCACAAUAACCUCUGAACUACUAGACUUCUUACAAGAUCUUCAGCGCAAUAGAAUACCACAAGCGUGGAUAUCCCAAUUGAGUUUAUCAUACUCUACAGACAAAAACGUUUCGGAUUGGAUCAUCGAACUGAAACACCGAGUUAAUCAUUUACGUAAAUGGACUGAAACGGGUCAAUUAUCAACGGACGUUACACUUGGAUUCUUCCUGAACCCAAAAUUAUUUAUUCAUAGCGUAAUGAGGAUUCAUUCUGAUGCGUACAAUAUCCCCUUGCACGACCUCACAUGGGAAGUUUCAGUAUCACAAACAGCUAAACCAGUGCUUCGAACACCAAUAGAAAAUGGAUUUAUAGGUCGUGGCUUUUAUCUUUACAAUGGCGGAUGGGAUAUACAAGAUCAGUGUCUUGUGGUACCAAAGAUUUUGCAAUUAAUUCAUCGUAUGCCUCCAAUGAUGUUCAAACCGACACGGAAAAUGAACACUGAAAAUAAAACUGGAUUUCAAUGCCCUUGCUAUUACAGUUCAAAGAAGGAAAAAAGUUCGUUCAUAAUGGAAAUUGACCUCAACCCUGGAAACAAUGAGAAGAGCACGUGGAUCAAGAUGAAUACUUGUAUGUUGUUAAAUGAAUCAUAAAGCAUUCUUGUAUGUUGUUAACUGAAUGAUGAAUACUUGUAUGUUGUU